AUGGGGCGACCGGUAAAUACCAGUCUCUCUCUCUCUUUCUCUCUCUUUUUCUGUCUCUACUUGUGCAAGAAACUAUCUAUCUAUCUAUCUAUCUAUCUAUCUAUCUAUCUAUCUAUCUAUCUAUCUAUCUCAUUCUUUUUUAAUAUCUAUCUAUCUAUCUAUCUAUCUCAUUCUUUUAUUCAUCUUCUAUAUCUAUCUAUCUUAUCUCUUUUCUCUUUAUUUCUUCUAUUUUUAUAUCUACGUUUCAUCUUUGUUCUUUUUCUUACAUAUUUCCACUCUCAUUUCUUUAUAGCUUUUAUUUUCCCCACUUCCCGUGCAAUUGUUCUCAAUCUCAUAGUCUUUCGAUAUUUUUUUGUCUCUUUUUCAUGUAUUUUCGUUUUCGAUUACUUCCUUACGUUUCUAAUUUCACACUUUUGUCAGUCUCUACCAUCUCUCUCACUCUCACUCUUUCUCCCUCUCCCUCUCUCUCUCUCUUUCUCACUCUCUUUUUAUUGCCUUCUUUAUCGCACAGUGCAUUUUUCUCUUUCUUCCAUUCAUUUCUACUCCCUUUAUCUUUCCCGUUCGCUUUCUGCCCUUCCACUCUUUUUAGUUUCUAUAUAUUUUUAUCUCUUUUAUCUUCGUCACUUCCGGUCCAGUCUUUCGCUACCCACCCGCUCCUCUCUCCUCUUUUUCUUGUCUUCUCAUUUAUAUAAUUUCUCAUAUUCAUAUACUCUCUCUCUCUCUCUCUCUCUCUCUCUCUCUCUCUCUCUCUUCCUAUUCAUUCCUUAUUCCUGUUCCUUCUUCUACUUUUUUUCUCUUUUUUUUUUCCUCGUUCCCUUUUCCACUUUCCUUCUGCAUAAACCCACAAUUUCUCUCGGCUAUUUUUGUUCUUAG